CGCAAAUGUAUACGGUCCCUGAGAAAUUGACAUUUCAUUUGGUUUUCACUUUUUUUGUUAUUUUCAAAUGAAUUUUUUUCUGUCUUCAAUUGUUUCUCAUUUAAUUUGUGAUUUAUACUAAUUAGCCUUUAAGGUAUAAUGUCUUGGAGUAAUCAUGAAAUUUCAGACUACAUUGACGACCUUCCAAUGAAGAUAUCAAAUAGUUACAUGCCCAAGUAUUUUCGUAUUGAAAUGCCUGAGAUUUUAUCUCUCAAUCAAGAUGAGGAUGAUUAUGAUUUUAAAAUUGAAAAAGAAGCAAUCAACAUGGUUGAGAUUGCAGAGGAGGAGAAAAUUAAAGAAACGGAAAGACUACUUCAAUCAGGAUCAGUUAAAGAUUUUAGUAAAUUGAAAAAUUUUGAUGAUAAUCAUCAACAGCCAAUUGACCAAUCAAUCAAUAAUAUUUCACCAAUUGUACCUGGAUCACCGUGCAUACCAAUGUUAACCAGUGUUCCAAUUAACGGAAUUGUCUCUAAUUUACCUUCUUCUUCUUCUCAACCCGUUGUAACAAAUUCAAUUACAUCGCCUGUAUCACAUCAACAACAACAACAACAACAACAAUUAACUUCUCAACCAUCAGCAGUGUCCAACACCCUAUCAACUCCUUUACCUGUACAAUUACCAUUAUCUAUCCAUGGGUCUAUAUUACCUGGACCACAUCAAUCACCUUAUCCAACCACAAGUAUCAACAGUGUGAUUGUCAAUAAUAAUAAUAAUAAUAAUACACCAAGUGUUAUCAAUUGUUCAUCUACCAAUAAUUUUAUUUGUAAUAAUGUUACCAAGAGUAUCUCUCAAGGUUCAUCUUUGGUAGUAGCAACACCAUCAGCAUCAUCAUCAACAUCAACAUCUUCUUCAUUACCAACGCCUAUUCCAGUCAACAAUUUUACUACAGAAAAUGAUUUAAGAUAUAACUCAAAAGAAAUUGAUCUUAAUAACAUGAACUCUACUAACGAUGUUAACAAUGUGGUCAUUUCAAGGAGGAACUCGGUGCCUACCAGUUUAGCCACUUUACAAGAAAAUUUUGGCAUUUUAAGACCUUCUCAAAUCAAAUGUGAUUCUAGUAAUAAUUCAAUCGAUAAUUCAAUUAGACACCAACACCAACACCAACAACACCAUCAACAUAAUCAACAACAAUUUAUUCCAAAGACUAGAAUCAACCCAGCAGAUUUUGAGAGCUCAAGCUCUAGUCCAUUUGAUGACGCUCUUCUCAGGGCCAUUGAUGAUAAACAAGAACUUAAUCAUGUCUUUCAACAUUAUUAAUUACAGAAACAAUUCCAUUUGUAAAAUAUGCCCUCAUAUUAAAUCAAUUGCGAUAUAUUAUAAAUAUAUAAAAAUGUUUUAUCCAUAAAACCUAAAAAUCAAA